AUGGAAAAAAGCUUAUUUCUUUAUUUUUUCAGCAUUGUCAUCCUUAGCCUUGAAGAUUUGUGUGGAAAAUGUAAUAGUGCACCAAUUAAAAUUGAUGAUAUCAGUUCAACCCCUGAAGAAGCAAGAAGUGUUGGUCUGUCAUCCAGAUUUUUGGAUGAACCUUUAUCGACCCCACCUAAUGUAACUGAUAGCAAACCUAUCAAACCUGACGUUCCUGCCAGUAUUCCUGCUACCGAAGUAUCAAGUACUAUCAGGCCUAUAGAUAUCCCUACGGAUCCACCUUUGUCGACCUCGCCUAAUGCAACCGAAAGCAAACCUAUCAAAUCUGACGUUCCUGCCAGUAUUCCUGCUACCGAAGUAUCAAGUACUAUCACGUCUAUAGAUAAACCUACGGAUCCACCUUUGUCGACCUCGCCUAACGCAACUGAAAGCAAACCUAUUAAAUCUGACGUUCCUGUCAGUAUUCCUGCUACCGAAGUAUCAAGUACUAUCACGUCUAUAGAUAAACCUACAGAUCCACCUUUGUCGACCUCGCCUAACGCAACUGAAAGCAAACCUAUCAAAUCUGACGUUCCUGUCAGUAUUCCUGCUACCGAAGUAUCAAGUACUAUCACGUCUAUAGAUAAAUCUACAGAUCCACCUUUGUCGACCUCGCCUAACGCAACUGAAAGCAAACCUAUCAAAUCUGACGUUCCUGUCAGUAUUCCUGCUACCGAAGUAUCAAGUACUAUCACGUCUAUAGAUAAAUCUACAGAUCCACCUUUGUCGACCUCGCCUAACGCAACUGAAAGCAAACCUAUCAAAUCUGACGUUCCUGUCAGUAUUCCUGCUACCGAAGUAUCAAGUACUAUCACGUCUAUAGAUAAACCUACGGAUCCACCUUUGUCUACCUCGCCUAAUGCAACCGAAAGCGCACCAACCAUAUCUUCAAAGAGUCCGGUCCCCGAUGCACCAAGUGAUGAGCCGAUAGACGAUAACCAUGAACCUCUAUCGACCACGGAUAAAUCCACAGAAAGUGCACAUUUGAGCGGUGAGAAAUCAGUAUCCACGUUCUCCGGGAGCGCAGUGUUCCUCUUCUUCGUGUGCGGGGCAGUGGUCGGGGUUCUAGCGGUACUUGCGGUGAUAUACAUCCGAAAACGAUACCAUUCACGCAGUUACGAAACUAAUGACGCCCCUCAACAACCAUAGAAUAAUAAAUUAUUUAUAUAUUUUUGUACAUAAAAUAAAUACAGGUUUUUGUUUGA